AAGACUGAAUGAUCUAAUGGAGUCCAAAGGUGGCAAGAAGAAGUCUAGCAGUAGUAAAUCCUUAUUCUAUGAAGCUCCUCUUGGUUACAGCAUUGAAGACGUUCGGCCCCACGGUGGAAUCAAGAAGUUCCGAUCUGCUGCUUACUCUAACUGCGUGCGAAAGCCAUCCUGAGAUCUUCUAAGUGUUGAACCUUGCAGCUUUCCUUUAUAUUUCCGUUGUUUUGGGUCUGCAUUUCUUUUCUACUUCGCUCGUUUUCUCAUUCUCGUCCUUUAGAAUUGGUAUUUGUUCUUUUGAGGCAAGAUGGCUUUGCCUGUCUCUGCAAUUGGAUUUGAAGGCUAUGAAAAGAGGCUUGAAGUAUCCUUUUCUGAGCCUGGCUUCUUUGCUGAUCCUGGAGGGAUGGGCCUCCGGUCUCUGUCCAAAUCUCAAAUAAAUGAGAUUCUCAAACCAGCUGAAUGUACCAUUGUUGAUUCACUUUCAAAUGAUCAUGUUGAUUCAUAUGUUCUUUCAGAAUCUAGUCUCUUUGUGUACCCUUACAAGGUUAUCAUCAAAACUUGUGGGACUACUAAAUUGCUUCUUUCAAUACCAGCAAUUCUGAAAUUGGCUGAUGCUCUUUCACUCACUGUACGUUCUGUGAGGUAUACUCGUGGGAGCUUCAUAUUUCCUGGGGCUCAGUCAUUUCCACAUAGAAGCUUCUCUGAGGAAGUAGAUGUCCUUGAUGGCCAUUUUGUUAAACUCGGUUUGGAUAGUGUGGCAUAUGUGAUGGGUAGUCCUGAAAAAUCCCAAAGAUGGCAUGUAUACUCUGCUUCUGUUGAUGUGGGAUGCAACUUAGGUCGUGUUCACACUCUGGAAAUGUGCAUGACUGGCUUGGACAGGGACCGAGCAUCUGUAUUCUACAAAAGAAAAUCCAUUUCAGCUGCUGUGAUGACUGAGGAAUCUGGUAUUAGGAGGAUCCUACCACAAUCCGAGAUUUGUGAUUUUGAUUUUGAUCCAUGUGGUUACUCCAUGAAUGCCAUAGAAGGGGAUGCAAUUUCUACAAUUCAUGUUACUCCAGAAGAUGGUUUCAGUUAUGCUAGUUUUGAAGCUGUGGGUUACAAUUUAGAAGAUAUGAAUUUGACUCAGCUGCUUGAAAGGGUUUUGGCUUGCUUUGAACCAACUGAGUUCUCCAUUGCUCUGCAUUCUGAUGUUUUACAUGAUGUGGGAAAGAAGUUAAUUCUUGAUUUGAACGGAUAUUGCUGUGUUGGAAGUAACAAUGAAGAACUUGGUAAGGGGGGAUCGAUCAUCUACCAAAGUUAUGUGAGAAACAAAGGCUGUGCAUCUCCAAGGUCAAUCCUGAGAUGUUGUUGGAGUGAGGAUGAAAAGGACGAGGAAGUUUGAAGAGAUUUAUUUUUAGUAUUUUGUCUUUAUUUCAUUACGUAAUUGAAUAAAGUGUUGUGGUGUUAUGAUUGUGUGGACAGUCAUUGGUAUGCUUAGAGUUUUUAUAAUGUAUUGUGAGACGGGGGGGUGUUUAUCUUGAGAGAUAUUUCUAUUGCUGUGCAAUUGCUGACCUCUUACAUAUGUUAAAAAUUGUAUCCCACAACCACAACCUAAAUAAAUGCAAUUUGUGUU